CGCACGCCUGACGCCGGCUGCCGCCGGCCAUUAGUUGAGUUUUGACUGCGUCGCGGUAUACAUGUGUCGCCUAAUUUACAAAUACCAUGAACGCGUGUUUACAUAUUGCUUAAAAGUAUAUGUACAAUAAUUGGGAAAAUUAAUUACUACAGCGUGUUGCAAACAAUUUAUUAGAUAAGUGUUAAACAAUUAAACUGUGUUUAUGUUAUAAGGAUAUUUCAAGUGAUAUAAAUUUGUGAUGACUGAUGAAGAACAGAAAAAAAUCUUGUUUGAUAUUUCGGUAAUGGUGAUUUUCAUGCGUUUCUGUUUGUGGCAAUAGAUUUUAAUUGACAAAGCAAUGGCCGUAGUUAAUUUUAGCGUGUGUUUGGUGCUCAUUCUGUACCACCUCUCGUCGGCGCUUAGUGACGAAUCUUCCUCGGAAUCAUCAGAUCUCGGAUUAACUGAUCCAAAAGCUGAUAGUGAAGCUGAGGGUGUCAGAUGCUAUUGCAACACAGCACAAUGCGUGAGCACAGGAUAUAUGUGUCGAUCGCGGAAAGGAGGCGGUUGCUAUAGUGAAGUUCCACCAAGGAGACACCACGCACGGCAUGGUUGUCUUCACCAUUUAGCUGAAAAGAAUCAAGAAGCGCUGUCAUACUGUCAGAAUGCUCCGUCCCAGGGUGGCCCUCCUCCCAGGGAACACUCCCUCCUGUUAUGCUGUUUCAAGGACCUCUGUAACCACGAAGACAGCCCGUUGGCUCGAGCGCGGCUUAAUCUCACCAAUGAUUUAGAAGGCAGUGUGGCGAGUGAACGCGGUGCCUCCUAUAACGGCGAGGUUUGGUUCAAAGCCGCGACCAUUGCGGUGCCGGUUUGCGGCGCGCUCAUACUUUUCCUACUGGUCGCGGUCGCCGUGCGGCUGCUACGAGCUGAUGCAUUACUACAGGCAGAUAGGAAACUCAGGGGCGGAUACAUAUCUCCGUCGCAGCACAGCACAGACGACGUUAAGAAAGUAUGGGUGGGCAACUCGUCCGCCCCUCUUCUAGUGACACCAGGCGGCUGUCUCGUCGCGGUGGAACGGGCCCAGCUAGUCGACAUACCCCCCUGCCAACAGUUCUGUGAUAUACAACGAUAGACUCUCUUUAGCGCACUGUACCAUGGUCUGACGGAAUAGUGUUAGGUAAAUCUAAGGCUUUAAUGGGAAAUAUAUAACAUAUCAGUGCUACAGGUUCAACAGAAUUAGUAGUUACAUAACGUCAACGAAAGAUGGCGUUGUAGAUAUAAAAAUGUUUUGAUGUUAAAUAGGACAGUAAUGUGAAUUUAUGGGAAGUUUGAAACACAGUGGCGGAUUUACAAAUUUUCCAAACAUAGGCCAUAUUUUUUUCUCACCUGGGUGACCAUAAAAUCAGUGUUAAGUGCCUAGUUUAUUCUAAUUGAAAUUAUACAAAAAAGUUCAUAUGCAUUUGAAACGAAGUUCUUGAACUGGCAGAAAUCUUAAAGCAAGGAAAACGCGUUAUGUCCCUCCAGGCGACUUUUCUCUCUCUUUCUCUAUAUCUCUGUCUCUUUCUUUUGUAUACGGUGUUAUAUAACACUAUUUAAACUUUUAUUCGAAAGCAACUAUGUAUAUAAUGUAUAUUGAAAGGGGAGGCUGAAAUAAUAUGGUAAUAUAUCUUGAAGACAUUUCUGUGAUGUUUCAGAAAUAUUUAAACCCAUUACAAAAUAAAUUGAUCCCUAAACUUGCCGCACCUUAAAUCUGGCGUCCGAAACUCAGUCAAACAGAUUGAUGAUUAAUCCACCACUGAUGAAAUAUAAAGUAUGUAAAUUCGUUUCAAGUUUGAAUCUUUUGAAAAUUGAUCUCAGUGUAGUGUUCGUCAUUUCACGGUAUAGCGCGCACGCAUACCAAAUCUACCACAAUGUAUAUUUAACUGUUAAUUUUUUAAGCGCUUUGUGUUCCUCUUAUUUGUAAAUGUAAUCAAUUCGACUUUUAAUAUCUUGAAAUAAUUUAACGGCGACCGUAACAUAAGUUACCAAAGUUUCGAGAACAUUGUUUUGUGUGACACUUUUAUGACGUUAAUUUUUUUUUUUUCUUAUCCUUGGCUUUUUGGGCAAUGAAAAACAUAUGAAUUCUUAUUUAAACCAUGUUAAAAAAUGUCAUACAAAUCAACUUCUAAAAUAUUAUAUGACAAUAUGGUAUAUUAAAAUGUUUUAGCUAUAAUGGUCAUAUAUUGGCUUAUUUUAAGCAUUAUUUAAUACAUUUUAAUAUGACAAAUGACAAUAUGACUUGAUAGUUUUUAUUUCUUUGCAUUUAAAACACUAAUCUGAUAUGUAAACUUUUUAAUUGUAAGUAUUGAAUACACUUCUGUUAAUUUCUUUGUAGCUGACAAUAUUGUAUUUUUGUAAAAUAUAGUUAAUAUUAAUUGUUUAUGGCUUAUAACUUUUUUUUUUGGAUAACACAAAUGAUUAGACAAUAUCUUAAGGUGUACAAAAUGGCCGACUGAGUAAGUUUUUAUAGUCACUAAUAAAUUGACGGCGUCUACGUUUGUAAAUUAUGGAUAUCAUUAAUACAUAAUAUUAUAAAUCAGUGACCCUGUGGUCUUUAUGUAUGUUCGCGGAAUCUUAGAAACCACUGUAGAGAUAAUAUUCUGUUUUCAGAUUUGCGGAAAAUACUUUAGUAUUCAUACAAUUUACGAAAUUGUUAAGUAGUUAAGUCGGAAAAAUGUGCCUUCUAAAACAUUUCAUAGUUAAAGUUGUGCUAGAGAAUGUAAGUACUUCUAAAGAAAUAUUCGCACCAAUUCAAGGUCAUUUGGCUGUUAAUACAAUUCGUACGCAUCUAGGACAGUCAGCAAAUAAAGUAACUCCUUCAGUUGCUAAAUAAAUUUUAUUGAACUUCAAAUUGCAAAGAAAUAACGUUGUUUUAUGUUUCGAUCAAUAUUAUUGGUAUUUUUAUAUAAUAAUAUGUAUAUUGUAUACAAAUUGUUGUAAUACUUGAAGUAUAAAAAAUUCAAAAACAAUAUGAAUGAUUGAUUUUGUUUACUCGGUACUUAUAUGGCCUAAUCAUGAAAUCACUUGAAAACUAUAAAUUAAAAUUAAACAAAUUUUAGGGAGAUCAUUGCGUCGUUUAAAUUCUAUAUCUCUUUGUACAUAUUCGAAAUUCCCAAACAUGUUUCCAAUUAAAAUCAAAAUUCAAUAUAUAUUUUAAUAAAGGAUAUAAGAUUCAAAUAAAAAUAAUUCAACUGGCAACACUUAUGAGGCUACACAGAUAUAUAAAAUGUCACAAUAAUAAUAUAAAAACUAUUUUUAUAAUCUGUAAAUUAUAACAUUUGUAAAUAUAGUGCACUAAGUUACCUGUUACUGAGCGUUAAUCGAGUCGAGAUUUGAAAGUGAAAUCCAUUGGUAGAAAUACUAGUCUUUAUAUCUGAUCUUUUAACAUUUAUCUUAAUUUACUUCAAUGGAUUUUACUUGUGGUCGAAUGUUAAUCUAAUGCAGAAAUGCAAUGAUUGUAUUUAUUUUUAUAGUAACUGAUAAAUUGAUAUAUACAUUUUGUAAUGGUUUUAUUUUUAUUAAAACGAUGUAAUAUGUUACUUAAUUUUGUAAAUAUUAAUUUCAGUUGUAUAUUUUAUCUGGCAAUACCUAUUUCUGUGUAGGAUUUUUUUUUCUUAAUUUAAAAUCUAGGCAAUGAACUCCUUUUUCGGCCAUUAUUCAGAAAUUGACUUGAUUAAGCUUCCUUGAGGUGCCUUACCUUUUUUAUAAGUUUUAUAUAAUAUAUAAGUGUUUUAAUAUAUGUGCAAGUAAAAUACUCCAUAAUGUUAAUGAAUAUACCUGCGACUUUAUGUAAAUAUGUAUGAUGUAUAAAGAAUAAAUGAAAUUAUUUUAUACACAAA